AUGGGUCUCAGCAGAGCAUCAUUAGGCUUCACGGGCCUGUUUUUCAUGGCGGGUUCGAUCUUGCUGAUCUUAUUCACUCUGUUGGGAGGUGUAACCAACAACGAUCCGCUGAAUCGAGUCUACUUCCUCGAGGCGCACACGGGAAAUAUCCCAGGCGCACCGCCAAUCUCGCGUUGGACAUUCUGGAACCUCUGUCGAGUGGUAGAUGGCAAGAAUCUAUGCGGUGAUACCCACGUUGAAUUCCCCUUCGACCCCCCAAACCACCGCAACUUCGACACUACCGAAAAUGUCCCUCAUCAGUUCGUCGGAACGAACCAUUACUUCUUGACCUCACGGUUCAUGUUCCCCUUCAUCAUCAUCGGUCUCUUCUUCGCCGUGUGCUCUUUGUUCACUGGCAUGCUGGCCAUGUGCACCCGCGUUGCCGGCUACCUCUCUGGUUUCCUGGCCUGGAUCGCUCUGACUUUCCAGGUCAUCACGACCUGUCUCAUGACUGCUGUCUUUGUCCAGGGCCGCAACGCGUUCAAUAGUAACGGCCAGAGCGCACGCCUGGGUCCUAAGGCAUUCGGCUUCAUGUGGACCGCGUCUGUCUGCCAGUUCCUUGCGUGCUUGUUGUACUGCCUUGGUGGUGCCGUCGGCCGAAAAGAUACUAGCGGUGGAUACAGUGGACGCAGGGAGCGCCGCCGUGGCUUUUUCUCCUCGCAGCGCUCAAACAGCGUGAAAAGCCAGAAGAAGGAGGCCACAAACUACGCUUAA